AUAUGGUGAUGUUCUGUGGUUGUAAUAAUUUUUUAAAUUUUAAUAUGUUCAAUAAAUAAAUAAUGUAAUUAAGAAUAUCUCAAAAUCCAGUAAAUUUAUGUAAAUACAAAAGAAUUUUCAGUUAAUUAAAGGUGAUACUUGUUAGUAUGAGCGACGAAAAGGCUGAAGAUGUAUCUCAGAGCGAUUCUCAAGUAGAAAAUACCAAAGAAAAUGGUGAUGCUUCUAAAACUGAUAAAGUUAAAGUGGACAUACUUCUGAAAGCGACAGGAAAUGCCCCCAUUAUGAAAAAGAAAAAAUGGGCAGUUGAUGCAGAGAAACCAAUUGGUUGGAUUGUUGAAUUUGUGAGAAAGUAUUUAAAAUUAGAAGCUGAUGAAAAACUAUUCCUGUAUGUUAACCAAACAUUUGCACCAUCCCCAGACCAAAUAAUAAAAAAUCUAUAUGAGUGUUUUGGAACAGAUGGCAAAUUAGUGUUACACUACUGUAAAAGCCAAGCUUGGGGAUGAUCAUAUUAAAUUUGUUGAUUUUGGAACAAGGAAUUAACUAAGAAAAUUUAUCCAAUCAAAAAUAAAAUUCCAAAAUAAAACUGCAUCACAUGGUUAGGUUUUAAAUUAAUUUACUUGGCUACAAAUCUAUGUUUGUUAUAAUAUAUGCAUUACUUAUUAUAAUAUGCAUAUUCUCAAAGUAUGUUAGCAAAACACAUAUAUCUGCUUUAUCUGCAUCUGUUCAAUAGUGUAUAAUGUAGUAGAUAAUCUUUGUUAGUCUUGAUAACAAAAUAAAAGCAUUUUUAGUAUUUUUGUUUUAAAUAAAGCAAGUUACAUUUUAAUUUGGUAAAUUUUAAAUGUGUGCGGCUCAAGUAAAUAAAAGACGACAUGUUUAAUCUCAUCCUUGUAAACCAUUUGGUGCUUGAGAUUGUUCAGAUACUCGAAAUAAUUAUGUCCAUAAUAUCAAUCAGCUCCUUGUACUUAAAUAAUAAAAAGAUUCAAUUGGGCAAAAACUGUACCUAUGUUCAGAUCAGCAUUCUAUGUUCAUGGUUCAAACAUUUUUCUUUAAAUAAUAUUUUUUUGUUUGUAUCAAUACUACCUUCAUAGUUUUGUAAGAAAGUCAAGUCCUGUGUAUGUUUGUUUUAACAUGGUAGCCAUCGAAGCUCCUAAAAAACCAAUGACAAACAAAAAUAUGUCUGGACAUACCCCAUAGGUUACAGAACUAGAAAUAGUGAAAAAAUACACAAUAUUUGUUUUUGUAUAUUAUAUAUAAGUGAUGGGCGAAAAUUACAUUAAAAACCAUAGUUAUAAUGAAUAUAAGCUGGUCAUUAGGUAAGAAAAGUUUUAUAUCAUUGAAAAUGUAUUUAAAAUAAUAAAAAAUUUUGUACAAUA